AUGUGGAGGACGACUUUGGUUGGCUCCUUUGUGGGCAAGAAAUUAGCUUUUCCCGUUGUGAAUUCUAUUGCGCAUAAAUUGUGGGGCAAAUUUGGUCUUCAGGAGGUUUUAUCCUCAGAUGCUGGGUUCUAUUUUUUCAAGUUUGAUUCACUCCGUCAAGCUCUUUUAGUUCUUGAAGGAGCGCCUUGGCAUAUGGCUAACAGGCCACUUAUUCUGAAGCGUUGGGAACCUAAUAUGACUCUGGCUAAGGAGAAUCUACGUUGCAUUCCUGUUUGGGUGAAGCUUUAUAAUAUUCCCUUUGAGUACUGGACAACGAAGGGAUUGAGUCAUGUAGCUAGUGCUGUGGGGCGUCCUUUACGGGCAGAUGUGAUCACUCUUACAUGUAAACGUCUCAGCUAUGCACGUGUUUGUGUUGAGAUUAAUGCAUUGGAUGAGUUAGUGGAGGAAUUCGAUUUCCGUUGUGCGAAUGGGGAUUGGAUAACUAUUCGUGCUGAGUUUGAAUGGGUUCCAAUUAAAUGUUCGAAGUGUGGGGUAUUUGGCCACAAUUGCUCUUCUCAAACCAUGCCUAGUGAGAGUAAGGGUAAGCUUGCCAAGAUUUGGGUUGCUAAAGAUAAGGCUGGACAAAGUGGUGUAGCUAAUGAGAAACCACCUAUUGAGGAUGAAUGGACCCAUGUCUCACAUAAAAGUGGUGUAGCUAAUGAGAAACCACCUAUUGAGGAUGAAUGGACCCAUGUCUCACAUAAGAGAAAGUCGAUAGCUAGUGUUGAUAAUGGGGUUGCUGUACCUAUUUCUAAGGAGGUCCAGGGAGAGGUUGAUCUGGUGGUUGCCAAUGUGGCUCAUGAGGUGUCAUUUGUGCCUAUUGAGACUUCUCAAAUUGGGGAAGAAGGUGAAGUUUCUCCAGAUCCUCUUGCCACUCUAGAUGAAGAUGAUAGUGAUACUUCCGUUCCUCAGUCUAACACGUUAGCUAUGAAAGCUAGAGAUUCACUUCAGAAAAAGAAGAAUGGGUCAAGAGGCAAACAUAAGAAAGGCAAAAAGCAUCACUCCCCUAGGGGAGUGGAAACUAAAGUUAAGGAGAAGAAUCAAAAUAAGGUGGGGAAUGCCAUCUUCAACUCUUGGAGUGUCCUUUCGAAUUAUAAUUGUUCUCCGAUUGGUAGAAUUUGGGUUUGUUGGAAUCCAAUUGAUGUAGAUGUCUUGUUGGUAGGUUGCUCUGCUCAAGCUAUCCAUGUUCGUGUAAAUGCAUGUAAUGGUAAAUGGAGUUGUGUGGUGUCAGUGGUAUAUGGGGAUAAUAUCCCAGUUAAGCGUGUUGAUCUAUGGGAUGAUUUCAUAGCUAGGUAUGGAGGUUUUGCACACUUGCCAUGGGUGGUCAUGGGGGACUUCAAUUCUGUUGUCUCCCCUUCAGAAGUGGCAGGUGGUUCUUCUUCUUGGCCUGCAUGGCAAGAUGAUCUUGGGAAUUGCAUGACAACAGUGGGGUUGGCCGAUUUAAAGUUUGAUGGUUGUUUAUAUACAUGGUCUAAUAAGCAGGUAUCUGAUCCUACUCUCAAGAAACUAGAUCGUGUAUUGGUGAAUUCGAAGUGGGAGGAGGAAUUUUCGGGAUCGUCAGCUACAUUUCUAACUGCUGGUGUGUCGGAUCAUUUGCCUAUGGUUGUGAAGGUUGCAGAGUUACCACGUAGGAAGAUUCCAUUCCGCUUCUUUGAUUAUUGGAUGGAUCAUUCGGAUUUCUUUCCUUUGGUGGCUCAGGUUUGGGGUGAAUCAGUAGUGGGUACCCCUAUGUUUUGUCUGUGUUCGAAGUUGAAGAAGCUAAAGCUUGCCUUGAAAGACUUUAAUAAGGAGCAUUUUUCAGAACUUCCUACGAGAGUUACUCAAGCUCGAAUUGAUAUAGAGCAUGUUCAGUGUUUGAUUCAGCAAUCUCCUUUGGAUUCGUCUCUACAUAGGGAGGAGGCUCGAUUACAAAAGAAACUUUAUGAGUUGAGCAGGGCCGAAGAAGGUUUUUUGAGACAAAAAGCUCGUGUUAAGUGGCUGAAUUUAGGCGACCAGAACACUGCGUUCUUCUUCAAGGCUAUGAAAAGUCAUUAUGGCAAGAGUAAGGUGGUUUCUAUUUGUAAAGACGAUGGUACUAGAGUGGAGGAGCUGCAUGCGGUCAGUGAAGUCAUUGUUGCGUUUUAUCAAAACCUCCUUGGUCAGUAG